AGGCAAUUCACAAACUUCCUGCUCUGGGCUCGGCAGCCACCCUGAACCAGACCACCCCAACGGAGGGUUCGGAGGCCACACUUGAGGCCCAGGCAGGGCCCAGGCGGGGCCCAGCGGGGGGCCCGGAGUGGGAAGAUGGCCGAUGGAGGCAGCGACCUCAGCACCAGGGCACCCACAGAAGACCAGAACAUUGAUGACAGACUUAUCUAUGAGACUCUAUUCAAACACUUCAAAAGACACAAGGUGGAGAUUUCAAAUGCAAUAAAAAAGCCAUUUCCUUUCUUUGAGUGCCUCCGGGACCGUGAACUCAUCACCAAUAAAAUGUAUGAUGAUUGUCAAGAUUCUUGUAGAAACCUGGUCCCUGUACAAAAAGUGGUGUAUAAUGUUCUCAAGGAACUGGAGAAGACAUUUGACUUGCCACUUAUGGAAGCAUUGUUCAGCGAGGUCAACGUGCAAGAAUACCCUGAUUUAAAUCAUAUUUAUAAGAGCUUCGAAUGUGCAAUCCAAGAGAAAAUUAAUUACCAAGAAAGUGAUGAAGAAGAGGUGGACAAGAGUCCUAAUAUCCGACUGAGGCUUGGGCAAGGAACUGCUGAAAACUCAUAUCGAAGCCUGACCUGGUCAUGCCCAGGGUCCUCAUCUUACCAUGGUACAACCCCACCUGAAAAUAGACUCUUGGAGAACCUCUGUGAACCAGAACAGAUAAAUGCAAACGGAACAGAUACAACCAGUGACAAAAAUGAUGCACUAGAAAUCCAACAAGCAAAUGAGGAGUGUGCCCAAGAAUCUGAGCCAGCAGAGUCCUGUGAACAAGCACCCAUCCAAGUGAAUAAUGGAGACACAAAAGAAGUCACACCCAGCCCAUUGCCCUGUGAUGGAGAAAGUCCAGGAGCAGAGCUACCCAACUAUGGAAUCCAAGUCAAUUCCUGUUCUGUAUUGCUGGUGGAUAUAAAGAAGGAAAAGCCAUUUUUUAACUCAAGAGUUGAACAGCAAGCCCAAGCAGGGACUAACUGUAACCAGGCAUCUGACAUAAUAGUGAUCAGCAGUGACUCCGAGGAAUCCAAUGAUGAAGACGAGCCCCCAGAAGCCUCCACGUCAGCACUGGAAAGCGGGCCUGUGACCAAUAACCUUGACUCAUUAGAAUCAAGUGAGCGAGGAGAAUCCCAAGAAGCCACCUGCUCAAGACUUCAGAUUACACUAGUGAAAAGAUUUGAUGACUAUUCAGAGUCCAGUGAGGAAGAGGAGCCCCUGAGAGCUUCGAGCUCAGCACUGAGAAGUGAUCCUGAUGAGGAGGAUCCUGCGGAUGUUGGAGACAAACCUAUUUGGGGGAUAAGCAAGAGGAAAAGAUACUCCCUGGAUAAGCAAAGGAACUGGAAGAAGAAGUAUGUUCAGACAAGUGGAGAGGGGAUCAGCAGUGGUAACUUUUCAGAAUUAAGUCAUACAGAAGAACCUCAGGAAUCUUCUGGCUCAGUCCUAAGAAGUGGGUCAGGAGCAGAGCCACAAGGACUUGGAAACGAAAAGUGUUCCUGUGUCAUGUGUUUUUCACAAGGUAUUUCAAGAGGCCAAGGAGCAAGGACUGAGAGUAGCCAAGCAUCUGACAUGAUGGAUACCAUGGAUAUUGGAAACAAUUCUACUUCGGGAAAACACAAUGAGAAAAUAAGGAGAAAAACAGUCAUCUCCGGGUCUUUGAGAAGAGGCAGAAAAAGAGGUCCAAGAAUUCCCAGAGAUACACGUAUGAAUUUUUGCCUUCCGGAACUUCCCGUGACCUGUGGAGAGGCAAAGGGGAUUUUAUAUAAGGAGAAAAUGAAACAAGGAACCUCAGAGAAGUGUAUAAAGGGUGAGGAUGGAAGAUGGUUUACCUUCAGGGAAUUCGAAGUUGAAGGAAACUACUCACGGUCCAAGAACUGGAAGAUGAGUGUGAGAUGUGGUGGAUUCCCCCUGAAAGACCUGAUUAAGAAUAAAUAUCUACCAGACCCUCCAAUAAGAAGAAGAAGAGAGCAGACAAUACCAGAGCCUAGCAGCAAUGACUUUUUUGACCCUUACCCGGGAAACUCAAAUAUAUGUGAGGUGUGCCGUGGACCUGGAAAGCUGUUCUGCUGCGAUACUUGUCCAAAGUCCUUUCAUGAGAAAUGCCACAUCCACCAUAUAGAUGCUAACAGGGACCCAUGGAGUUGCAUCUUCUGCAGGAUAAAGGCUCUUCAGCAAAGGUACCCACAAAGCCAACGAUGCCACCAAGUAUCUGAGGUCCUAAAGAGGCGGAUGGUGCCUGAGGAACAGUUGAAAUGUGAAUUUGUCCUCUUGAAGGUCUACUGCUGUUCAAAAAGCCUCUUUUUUGCCUCAAGACCACAUUAUAGUAACGACACGUCUCAUGGCCUAAAGCGACCCAUGUGGUUAAACAAAAUCAAGAAAAAGCUGAAUAGGAAACUGUACCUCCAAGUGGAGGGGUUUGUGCAGGACAUGUGCCUCAUCUUUCAGAACCACAGGGCUUUUUACAAGGACAACCAGAAAUUCAUCAAGCUUGGACUUCAGCUACAGGCCAUAUUUGAGAAUAGUUUCAGAAACACUUUUGCGAUUCAGGAAACUAGCAAGAACUGGCUAAUGUAUAUUGGAAACAAGAGAGAAACACUUGUAGGAGUGGGUUUUUGGGAUGUAGGACCUGGAAGGGUAGAAUAUAAGACUGGAGAAUGGAGACUCCAUUGA